AUGGCCCCAGGGGUCUUUGCCCAGGUUUGGCUGUAUGAAUAUUUCAAUGCUGUUCUCAUUAAUGAACAAGAUGAAGAUGGAAACUUCUUAGAACUGGGAAAGGAAUUCAUCCUUGAACCAAAUGACCAUUUCAAUAAUUUGCCUGUGAAUGUCACUCUGAGUGAUGUCCAAGUGCCAACAAAUAUGUACAACAAAGAUCCUGCUAUUGUGAAUGGAGUUUACUGGUCUGAAUCAUUAAACAAAGUGUUUGUUGACAACUUUGGCCAUGACCCUUCCCUUAUAUGGCAGUACUUUGGAAGCGCAAAGGGGUUUUUUAGGCAGUAUCCAGGAAUUAAAUGGGAGCCAGACGAAAAUGGAGUCAUUGCAUUUGACUGCAGAAAUCGAAAAUGGUAUAUUCAGGCAGCCACUUCUCCUAAAGAUGUUGUCAUUUUAGUUGAUGUCAGCGGCAGUAUGAAAGGACUUCGCUUGACAAUUGCAAAACAAACAGUGUCUUCCAUUUUGGACACCCUUGGAGAUGAUGAUUUUUUUAAUAUAAUUGCUAAAAGAUUGGAGAAGAAAAUGACUGCAAAAGAAAAAGCCUAUUGA